CCUCCCGCCCGGCGGGGACCAGCCCAGGUGCGGCUGUCUUUGUUCUCGCGCAGGUAGGCGCGUGGCAGCCGCGGGCAGCGCAUUCACCCGCAGCCCGAGCUCCGGCAGGUGCAUCCCGCCAAAUCUGGGCAGCGCAGAUCUACGCAUCUGGUAAAGCCUGGGCAGGUCCAGCCUAUGCAUCCUGCAAGGCCUGGGAAGGUCCAGCCCCACUCAUCCCGGAAGGCCUGGGCAGGUCCUGCUCACUCAUGUUGCAAGGCCUGUGUAAGUCCAGUCUGUGCAUCCUGCAAGGGCUGAGCAGGUCCAAUUCGAACAUCCUUCAAGGCCUGGUCAGGUCCAGCCAGCGCCCCACACCUUGACCCCACAGCCUGCAGAAAGGAACUGUGCCCAGGAUAGGACCAGCGUCCCCAGGCUUGCUCUCCCAGGUUCUGCCUAGGAGCAUCUGCUUCAGCACCCAAGGCCUUUUGCUCUGGUUUUCCAGCUCGCUGUGACUUGCCCUUGGCCAGCAUGGUCCAACCUCAGACCGCCAAAACCGAAAGCCCAUCCUCUGCUCCUGGUGCCAGCGCACAGAUGGAUGAUGUGGUUGACACCCUGACCUCCCUGCGCCUCACCAACUCUGCUCUGAGGCGCGAGGCCUCCACACUGAGGGCCGAGAAGGCCAACCUCACCAACAUGCUGGAGAGCGUGAUGGCUGAGCUUACCCUGUUGCGCACCCGGGCACGCAUCCCUGGCGCACUGCAGAUCACUCCGCCUAUCUCUGCCAUCACCUCCACCGGGACCCGACCUAUGACCACGCCACCCACCUCGCUGCCUGAACCCUUCUCUGGAGACCCCGGCCAGUUGGCAGGAUUCCUGAUGCAGAUGGACAGGUUCAUGAUCUUUCAAGCGUCCCGCUUCCCCGGCGAAGCAGAGAGAGUGGCCUUCCUGGUGUCCCGACUGACUGGGGAGGCGGAGAAGUGGGCCAUCCCCCACAUGCAGCCCGACAGCCCUUUGCGAAACAACUACCAGGGCUUUCUGGCUGAGCUGCGCAGAACCUACAAAUCCCCGCUGAGGCACUCAAGGCGCGCACAAAUCCGGAAGACUUCUGCAUCCAAUAGGGCUGUUCGGGAGCGGCAGAUGUUAUGCCGCCAACUGGCCACAGCUGGCACAGGACCCUGUCCAGUGCAUCCAGCCUCCAACGGGACCAGUCCGGCACCAGCCUUGCCCACCCGCAGCCGGAACCUUUAGGGACCUGUGGCCACCCAGGAGACUUGUUCACACCUGUAACUGCCAGUGUUCUGGAAGGCAUCAGGGAAGCCUAGCAUUCGUCUGUCGAGUUAAUUGUGGACCUGGGACCUUGGGCAGUUCCAUCAGGCUUCUACAGGCAACAGAUUCCUGACAUCCAUGUGUCAGCUAUGACAGACUGAGGGGGAUCCUGAGGACCCCAUUUGCUGCCUGGAUUUUCCUUGAAAGGCUCACAGGCGUCUGCUCAUGCCUGCCCACAUGGUUCCAUCGUGGGCCUUGUCUAGCCACAGACUCCUUUCCACCCAGGUGCCAUGUGGCUUUCACCUCAGCCUUUUAUCCACCCACACCAUCUCUAGGGGCCCAAGGAACCCACAUAACAUAUACCCUUUCUGUGCCUGGGCCUAAUGGCUUUGUCCAAGAACAAAAGACUGGCUGGGAGCCAGUUCCUCUGGAAGACAUCGAGCACCUUCAGUAGGCGAUGUUGGCCUCUUACUGAAGAACUGACGAAGAGCGGCCAAACAGUCUUGGUCCUCAUGUGGACACACAUUCCAAUUCUGAGGAACAAAGCAUUGGCUUCUUUGAAGAAGAAUGACCUGGAGAUCAUACUCAGACUCAGCCAAGCCCUUGGACAGUGACAUCUGUCACAUUUCAAUGCCAAAUUAACUGUUUACAUACCCAGUUGGCCCCUUGGGGGAGAUGGGUGCCUCUCCUGGGUUAUCCUGCCCUCCUCUGCAUGGUCUUGUCUUGACCACAAAAAAAAAAAAAAAAAAAAGAAAGAAAGAAAGAAAGAAAGAAAGAAAGAAAGAAAAAAACA